UGGAACGGGACCCGUGAAUGCAUCCAGAUAGACUGGUGCUGAGUCACGGCUGGGAGGCCUCUGCAGUUCCCCCCACCCCUCUAGCAGGUCACUGCGUACACCCCAUCGCUCCUCCCCACUUCAAAAAGGAAGGAAAGGGCAAGCCACAGCACUCCACAGGGGAGUGAGUGCAAUAGAGGUGUUCAAGACAUCUGCCUUCAGAAAACCUCCCUGCCAGCUUGCCCAGGGGGCUUAGCAGAGAACAGAUCAACUCACCCCAGCAGUGAGCAGCCAACGGUCUCCCUUUCCACCAGGAUGGAGAAUCAGCGGCACAGUCCCAAAAAGGAGCCCGAGAUCGAGCUUUUUGUGAAGGCUGGUCUGGAUGGAGAAAACAUUGGAAAUUGCCCCUUCUGUCAGCGCCUCUUCAUGGUGCUCUGGCUCAAAGGAGUCAAGUUCAAUGUGACCACAGUGGACAUGACCAGGAAACCUGAAGAGCUAAAAGAUUUAGCACCAGGCACCAACCCACCCUUCUUGCUGUUCAACAGGGAGCUGAAAACGGACUUCAUUAAGAUAGAGGAGUUCCUGGAGCAGACCCUUGGCCCACCCAUGUAUCCACACUUGAGCCCCAAGUACAAGGAGUCCUUCGAUGUUGGUAGUGACAUCUUUGCCAAGUUCUCGGCGUACAUCAAGAAUCCACGCAAGGAAGCAAAUAUCAAUUUCGAGAAGGCCCUGCUGCGGGAGUUUCAGCGCCUGGAUGUCUACAUGAACACCCCUCUCCCUGAGGAGAUUGAUCAGGACAGCAUGGAGGAUGUUACUGUCUCCAAGAGAAAAUUCUUGGAUGGAGAUCACUUGACACUAGCUGACUGUAACCUCCUGCCCAAACUGCACAUCAUCAAGAUCGCAGCCAAGAAGUACCGUGACUUUGAGAUCCCAGAGGACAUGACAGGUGUCUGGCGCUACCUGAACAAUGCCUACGCCUGCGAUGAGUUCAGCCACACGUGCCCAGCGGAUGAAGAGAUAGAACGCACCUACGCCAGUGUCGCCAAGAAGAUGACCUAGUGCUGCUGCUGGAAGCAUGCCAGCAGCACUGCCUCUGUCCAGACCCCCUCUGUCUCCAUAGUCCUGACACAACCAAACUCUGGCUGAGAGAGGAUUUGGAGGGGGGUUUAUGGCAUUAGCCACUGCCUUUUGGAAACAACGCCUUGCUUCACAGCCGCUGCUGUCCCCUCCUCCUCUGCAGGCUGGCUGCAGCCCUGAUAUGCCAUCAGCAUGUGUAUGUCCUGGUCACUACCUGGCUGCAGUUGCAACUACUUCCCCACCUCCUAAAGACAGAUCUUCUGGGGUUGCCAGUAUGGCCUGGAACUACACAUCAUAGGAAAAUCUGAGCACUAGCCUUUUGUAUUGGCACCCUUGAUGAAAGAGAUGAGAUCUCCCAAACAGUCUUACCAGCUACUGCUAUAUCAUCCACUGCUGGAACUGCAUGAGCAUCUAAUGCCCUACUCUGCCUGGCCCUGGUCUCUAUGGCUGCCACCCAAAUUGCUAGCCCCACACAGGCGGAGCAGUCCUAUAUGUUCAGGAAGAAGCAUCCAAGUGUCCAGGGAUACCAGCACAUCACAGAUUCAUGGGAAAAGUAGCUGUUUGAAUCCACCCAGUCAUCCUUCUGUAGAAUUUGUGGCUGGUAUCUCUUCUACUAAAGCAUCCACAUUAGACCUGAAGACGCUUAGAGAAUCUGCAUUCAGUAAUUUACUGCAGCAGUUAACUACCCCCACUGCUAAAGGAAAGAAUUGCAAUGUGCAUCUAAUACUUCUUUAGGGGCAUGUAGGUGCUAGGGAUGAUGCUUGGUGUGAGAGUGCCAGGACAUGCCAUGGGUUGGGAAGGAGAUGCGUGAGGGCUCUGUAGAGGGCUCAGGGUGGAGGGAUCUGCUGGGAUCUUGCAGACCAGCCUGGUGCAGCCAUACCCUCACUGGUGUCAGGAUAUUUCUCCUGAGCGUACUAGAAGAACUGAAAGCACCUAACUACACAAGCAGCUGGCUGUAAAGUCCUGCCUGGCUCCUGCGAGCUAAAAAAGCUAUCUUCACCUUGCCUAACACCAUGAGAGAUGCAGCCAUGUGCAAAUGCGGUUCUAUCACCACAUUCCCAAUCCCCACCAAAACUGAAAGCGUCAGAUUUGGAGAGCUGUAGGGUAGGACAUUCAUGUGGUUUCCACGCCCCAGGACCAGUCAGCCUGAGAGAGCAGGCAAAAACUGGUCUGCGAAGCAUUGUUUUUGUGGGCGAUAUCUGGCAGAUUUGGUGCCAGCCCACUGCCCUUGGCUCUUUUUUUGUCCCUUCUCAUCCAGCAUCUUUGGUGCAAGAGGAAUAAAAGUUGUUCUGCAUGGCCAUGACUUCCCAUCCUCCCCCAUCAGAUGCCUCCAGCUCCCCAGGGCUCCUGCCAGCAUCUAUGAAUUCAGCCAGCUCUCUCCAGCCUUUUGCUGGUGGACAAAAAAUACUGUAAUACGAGUGUAACGGCCUCUGCGGAGACACAGAGAGAUGGCAGAAUCACCCUCCAAAUCUCACUACUGCUUCCCUCUUUGCACUAAAAGAUGUGUCCUUGCAAACCUGCUUCUGAUAGUGCUGGAUUUGGGGACUGUUUUUUUUUUUUUUUUUAAUAAUGGGUUUUGGUUGGUUGGUUGGUUUGUUUUUUAAACUAAGAACAGCAAUAAACUUUAUUUUAAUAGUG